CAACCAUUCGAGAUCUAAGAUGGCGGACCGGCGGCGAAGGAGGAGGCGCGCGUCCCAGGACAGCGAGGACGACGACGAGUCCGGUUCGGGUUCGGACAGCAAGAAGUCCGGCUCCCCGACCACCAAGAGCCGUGUGAGAGAACCCGAACCGCCGGAGGUGACGGCAACCCGACCAGAGCCGAAACCCGUAGUGGAGUCGGAGUGUGAGAGUGAAGAUGGUGUAGGUGAAGCUGUCCUCUCAGACUAUGACAGUGCUGAUCCGGAGGAAAACGGCUCCCAUUCAGAGGGAGUGGAGGAGGAAGAGGAGGCAGAGCAGUUCAGCGAUGAAGAAGCUCCAGCAGCACCAACCGAGCCCAAACCGUCCACCACAGCCGAAGGCCCGGCAACAGUAGAGGAAGUCGUGGAUGUGGAGGAGGUGCAGGACGGGGUGGAGGAGGAGGAGGUAGAAGAGGAGGUAGAAGAGGAGGAGGAGGAUAAGAAUGAAGAGAAAGAGGCAGAGGGAGAGGAAGGAGGACAGAGUAAAGAAGAGAGCAAAGCCGAGGAGAAGGGCGACCUGACCGGAGAGAGACAGAGCGGGGACGGGCAGGAGUCUACGGACGACCCAGAGACGAAGGCGGGAGGGAUACCUGGACAGAAGCUGGACGACGACGAGGACCGGAAAAACCCAGCCUACAUCCCGAGGAAGGGCCUGUUCUUCGAACACGACGUCAGGGGACACGCUCAAGAGGAGGAGAGGCCUAAAGGUCGGAACAGGAAGUUGUGGAAGGACGAGGGUCGCUGGGACCAUGACAGGUUUAGGGAGGAGGAGCAGGCGCCUAAAAGCCGCGAGGAGCUCAUCGCCAUCUACGGCUACGACAUCAGGAACGGCGGCGGCUCCGGAGAGCGGCCGUACCGGCAGCGCAGGCCGAGACAGAGUUUGUCUCCAGGCAGAGACAAGCGCUGGGGGGACGGAGGAGAGCGACCCGUCCGAUCCUGGCACAGCGGAGGAGGAGGCCGAGGAGGAGCUCCACCCUCCUCCACAUCCCCUUCCAAUCUUCCCCUCACUUCCAAUCAGCGGAGCAGCAACGCCUCCAGACAGCCUCCCCCCCGCAGCAGACCAUCCCACCCCCAGCAGAAUCAAAUGCAACAUCCGCCUCAGUCCCAGUACAGGAAUAAUGAAUUAAACGCACCUCAGAUGCACCCCAGAGAACGACCGGGCCCUAAAGCUCAGUGCGAGCCUACAGGAGACAGGGGAGUGGUCAGCAGGGGUGGACGUGGUGGUGGGAGGGCGCCCUCUGUGCUGGUUGAGGACAUUACAUUCAGCCAAGGAGGCUCUAAGGAAGCUGACCCCGGGGUUGUAACGACGUCACAGCAGGGUGGUUACCCGUCUGCGUCUCCGAGACGACAGCAGCAGGAACAACGAGGGAGUGGCGACAUGUCUUCCUCUUCCUCCGACCCCCCCCAACAGUCGGCACAGACCAAUCGGGAAGCCUCCCCCCCCGCAGAGCGGCCGGUGGAACGUAAAUCUUAUUUGGCGGCCCGCAGGACUCGCUCUCGGCCCUCCGACCUGGGCAGUAAACAGCCGUCUGUGGAGGAUUCUGCAGCCGUAGGGAACUCCUCCUCCCUCGGAGACGUGGGGGGGAAGACCUGGUCGGGGGAAGGCAACGGGCCGAGUCAGGCGGGAGGAGGUGGCGGGCUAGGGGAGCAGGAACAUGAAUUGGCUCGGCUCAGUCUGGUAGGACAGAGCUGGAGCCCCAACCCAACGCCGUACUUCCGCUCCGAAAUGAUGGGCCUCCCCAACACCAUGCACAUCCCGGGCAGCCCGCCUCAGUUCUCCAACAUCGAGGAGAUCGGUGUUGGCUCAAACAGGGCCAAGCGAUACUCGUCCCAACGUCAGAGGACCGUGCCGGAGCCGGCGCCGCCCAUGCACCUGGGCGUGAUGGAGGGACACUACUAUGAACCCAUGUCGUACCAGGGACAAAUAUAUGCCCACGGGGAUGGCCCCGCCCCCAUCCCGCCGCAGAGCAUGCUGGUCCAGCCUGAGAUGCACAUGCCCCACCCCGGUCUCCAUCCCCACCAAUCAGGCGGCCCGAUUGCUAACCCCGCCCUCUAUGGAGGCCCACCAGUUUCUCUGCCGCCGCCGCCAGGGCAACCUCAGCAGCUGCUGCCUCCGCCGUUUUACCCACCGCCGGGGGUCAUGACCUUCCCGUACCCCACCAUGUACCCGACUCAACAGGGUCAGGCCCAGGUGUACGGCGGCGUGACGUACUAUGACACCAUGCAGCAGCAUGCCAUGCCCAAGCCCUCGCCCCCCCGCCGCACCUCGCAGCCCGUCACCAUCAAGCCCCCCCCUCCGGAGUUACGCUUCGCCUCUGAGUGACACCACUCCCUCACUUCCCCCCCUCGCCAACCAGUCUCAGCCUCACUCCCAUCGGAACAC